AUGUGGUCGUCUACUUCCAGCGUUAUACGCUUGACCGCGGAGAACACUCUGGGAAAGACGACUUUAGGUAAGCCCAAAGUACAAAAGGCUACGUGGUUUUGGAACGAGGAAGUUCAGGCGGCAAUUCGUGAGAAGAAGUCCAAGUAUAAGCUCUGGUGGAGGACACGUCAGCCUGAAGAUCGGGGUGCUUACCUAGCCGCGAAGAGGGAGGCUAAGAAGGCAGUCUCCAAGGCGAAGUCGGACCGCUACAAGGCUGUGUACGACAUGCUUGAUACCAGGGAAGGCGAGCGGGCAGUGUAUCGUUUAGUCAGAGCUCGUCAUCGCUCAACGUUGGAUAUGGAACACACCAUGAUCGUUAAGGGAGCUGAUGGAGCCGUUCUGAGCCGCUCUGGUCAGAUCCUGGAGAGGCAACCUGAUGACAUACCUGCUGAUGUCUUGAAGCUGCUGGGAGAUCGAGGGUCCGGGUGGCUCGCAACUCUAUUUAACAAGAUCGUUGCAGAAGGACGGACUCCAGACGUUUGGCAAACUUCCGUGACCGUGCCUGUUUGGAAAGGGAAAAGAGACAUUGCUGACUGCACCUCGUACAGGCCUAUACGAGUGCUGUGCCAUACGAUGAAGGUUUUUGAGCGUGUCCUGGAAGCUCGUCUGAGGAAAAUUGUUAGCGUUUCACUCAACGAGUGCGGCUUUGUGAAGGACUGCAGCACUAUAGAUACUAUCCAUGCUGUCCGAAUCCUCCUGGAGAAACAUCGAGAGAAGAACCACAGUGUGCUUCUUGCUUUUCUCGAUCUCGAGAAAGCUUUCGACCGUGUCCCUCAUGAGCUGUUAUUGAUGUCCAUGAGGUCGCAUAGAGUACCAGAAGAAUAUGUGAGGUGGACAAAGCUGCUUUUUGCGAAGCCUACCAGCGUUGUACGAUGUGCUGCUGGAACAAGCAGGCUAUUCCCUGUACAAGUUGGGGUUCAUCAGGGUUCAUCCCUCUCACCCUUGCUGUUCAUACUGUGCAUGGACACGAUGACGAAGGAAAUCCAGAAGCAGCAUCCGUGGACUCUACUCUUUGCCGACGAUGUCAUGCUCGCGUCGGAGUCUCGAGAUGAUCUUCAGAAACAAGUACAGUCUUGGAAGGAUCGGCUGCAGCAAUAUGGAUUGCGCCUCAACACAUCAAAAACUGAGUACAUGGAGUGCGGACCAAGGAUAGGGGAUGGUUCAAUUCGUGUCGAUGGCACCGAAUUAAACAAGGUGAACUGUUUCAAGCACCUUGAAUCCAAAGUGACUUCCACAGGCGACAUUGAUCAAGAAGGUCGAGCAUGUGUUAAUGCGGCAUGGAUGAAAUGGAAAAUGGCAACAGGCGUACUGUGCGACAGGAAAGUCCCUGUUCGACUGAAGUCGGAGAUCUACAGGACGGUUGUGCGUCCUGUUGCCCUUUACGGAUGCGAGUGCUGGCCGACGACGAAAGCCUUGGAAAGAGUGUUGCACGCUAUGGAGAUGCGGAUGUUAAGGUGGACGAUAGGUGUAACGCUAAAAGAGAAAGUAUCCAACGACACUGUGCGCUCCAUCUUCGGCGUCGUCCCGAUAACUGAGAAGAUGGAGGCCCGACUGAGAUGGUUCGGUCACGUCUUGCGGCGAGAGGAAAAUUCUGCUGCCAAAACCGCACUGAAGCUCGACGUUUCAGGAGUGAGGCCGCAUGGGAGGCCAAAGAUUCGCUGGUUAGACCGUGUGAAACUGGAUAUGAUAGAUGCGCGUUUGUGUACAGCUGAUGCGAUGGAUCGAACCAAAUGGAAGAAAAGAAGCAGAAAGGCGGACCCUGCAACAACGCGGGGCAAACGCUAG